AUGGGUUGCCCUGUUAUGGUUCUUGCCACCGUGGCAUCUACACUUGGCGGCCUGGUGUUUGGGUAUGAACUGGGGAUCAUUUCCGGUGCCUUGCUACAGCUCGAGGCUGAGUUACACCUGGGCUGUGUCCAGCAGGAGGCAGUGGUCAGCGCUCUCCUCAUUGGUGCUGUUUUUGCCUCUGUGGUGGGAGGCUGGCUCAUUGACCACCACGGCAGGAGGAACUCCAUCCUGCUCAGCAACCUCCUCAUCCUGGGAGGCAGCCUCGUCCUCACAUUCAGCGGUUCGUUUUUGGCGCUGGUGGGUGGGAGGAUCACUGUGGGCUUCGCCAUGUGUAUCUCCUCCAUGUCCUGCUGUAUCUUUGUCUCUGAACUGGUAACUCCACAGCGCAGAGGUCUAAUGGUCACCCUGUAUGAGGGUGGCAUCACUCUCGGCAUCUUGUCGGCAUAUGCCAUUAACUAUUUCUUAUCAGAUGUCCAAGAAGGCUGGAAGUACAUGUUUGGGCUUGCUAUUGUGCCGUCCAUCCUGCAGUUUGUUUCUAUUUGUCUUCUGCCCUCAAAUACUGCAAUGUCAUAUGGCCAUGUAUUGGAGCACCAGAGGCAAGGCGGGCUGGUAGAUGGUACCAAUGUGGAGGACGAGGUUUUGAACCAAAACCGCACUGACGAUAAGAAAUACAGUUUCUUCUAUCUUUUCCAGCGCAAAGACAACAUGCAAGUAAGGACGCUCAUUGGACUAGGUCUUGUGCUCUUCCAGCAGUUCACGGGUCAACCAAACGUGCUCUUCUAUGCCUCCACCAUCUUUCACUCAGUUGGCUUUCACAGUGAUGCCUCAGCAGUGUUGGCUUCUGUUGGCCUUGGUGUGGUUAAAGUCAUUGCUACCUUGGUGUCCAUGAUCUGUGCAGACAAGGUAGGCAGGAAACCACUGCUGAUUGGUGGAUGUGUGGUUAUGGCUGGGGGUUUAAUGCUGAUUGGACUAUUAAGUGGACAUUCAGUGCUUGAUGCUAAGAAACCUUGCAGCUCUUUGGAUCCACCCAUGAAUAGCUCUUCCGCAACUGACCUCAAACCGUGGCUGGACAAUCAUGUGAAUCAAACACUAACUGGACAAGAUACAGAUGAUGCUCCUCACCGUCUUCAUGCUGUGCCAACUUCUUACUUGGUUUCUACUGUCACACCAUCUACUGAAGGUCAUAAUCAGAGGAUAAUUAAGUGGUUCAUUUUGAUAAGUAUGCUCGCCGUUGUCAGUGCCUUCUCAGUUGGAUUUGGACCAAUGACCUGGCUUGUGUUAAGUGAAAUAUUCCCAGCUGGAGUGAGGGGACGUGCUUUUGCAUUCACUAGCUGCUUCAACUGGGUGGCUAAUCUGAUAGUCACCUUCACUUUUUUGAAUGUAAUUGAUUCAAUAGGUUUGUCUGGGACGUUCUUUUUGUAUGGAGUGAUGGGUAUUGCAGCAGUUGUGUUUAUUGUCUUCAUGCUCCCAGAGACCAAAGGCAAAUCCCUUCAGGAAAUAGACAGGGAGCUCUGUGAGAAAAGGUCAGUCAAGAUCCGUGAUUUCACAGAAAUGAUCAGUGCUGUGUUUAUUUCAGAACCUUAG